ACGUAAUCAGGUGUUAUUGUUCAAAAGCAGCCGAAUUUCCGUGGGGGCGUUUAUUUUGAUAAUCAUAAUAAAGUGAAAGGCAGGGUGGGAUCGAUCUUGAGUGAAGCUCAUCUUUUUGAACUGAUUUUUCCUUGUCGUAGGAGGCAUUGUAUUGUAUAUUGACAUAUUUCUGUGAUAAUACCCACCAGUAAUGGUUGGCUUGAAGUUGUGUGAUUAAAUUACUAGUGGCUCUUUGUAUUAAGUUAUGCAACAUCAAUGAAGAAAACACCCAUUUUUCAGGGACACACUUGAUUUCCGCUCUCUUUCAGUCAGUCGUCGUACGCCACAAGUAAGGAGAAGCCAGAAAAUUUGCUCUCCACUCAAGACAACAUGUUGUUUGGUUUCUGUACAUAAUAUCAAUGUAAAAUUUAUUGAGCAAUCCAUACUGCAUGUGUCAGACAAUAGCUGAUUAUCAAAAUGAGUAUGAACACCACAACUUCUCAAGUAGUUCAUGGAGGAGAAGGAAACAUUCAAAAUGAUUCGUCAGCAACAAUGUGUAAGCCUGAUACUGAGAUCAGGUCUAAACUUUCGUGGAAAACUCGAAUUUCAUUCAGUGUUGGCCACGUUCUAAAUGAUCUUACUGCAUCUAUGUGGUUCACAUAUCUUCUCGUGUUUUUCCACUUGGUUCUUCGGUUUGAUAAUUCUCUUUCAGGAAUUGUUUUAUUAAUUGGCCAAAUUGCUGAUGGUAUUGCUACACCAUUUGUUGGCCUUCAGGUGGGAGAAGCGUACUCAAAUCCAGCAGGCCAAAGAAGGAAUCAAGGUUCCAAAUGCUAUAGUGGACUUUUAGCUAACUUUGGACCAAGAAAAACAUGGCAUUUCUUUGGAACAAUGUGCAUCCUGGCAAGCUUCCCAUUUAUUUUCAUGCCUUGUGUUGGCUGUGCGACUUCAUCGCAGUGGGCUCAAGUCAUUUAUUUCUCCGGUUUUAUCGUAAUCUUCCAGUUUGGCUGGGCUGCCGUCCAAGUUUCUCACCUGUCACUUAUACCAGUGCUAGCACAUGAUGAGCGUUCGCGAACGGAACUUACUGCCCUGAGGUAUGCAUUUACGGUUGCCUCUAAUAUUACUAUUUACGCUAUGACGUGGGUGACACUGGGUGUUACCGGAGCUUCACAACAAGUAGUUGGACCGGAAGAUACGACAGAUUUUCGGGAUGUCGUGUUAAUUGCGGUUGGCAUUGGCGCCCUUUUCUCAAUUUUUUUCCACUGCGGCGUGGACGAGGUUAAGCACAACCAGGUGUACUAUUCCAGUAUGAACCAGCCGAAUAGCCCUUCCGCAAUGAAAGCGUUUGAUUGGCUGAAAGAAAAACAAUUCUAUCAGGUUGCCGUUCUGUAUAUGGCGACACGUCUGUUUGUCAACCUAUCGCAGGUGUAUUUGCCACUAUGGCUCCAGGAUACGUUGCAACUUGGCGCCACUUCUGUCGCCACCACACCUCUGGCUCUUUUCGUCUCCGGGUUCCUCACCUCUCUGGCCAUGGGACCUUUGACUCAAGUCGUCGGCAGAAAGGUAGUUUACUUGAUGGGUGCUCUAAUUGGAAUGGGAGCAUGCGUUUAUGUUUGGUUUGGCAAUGGCGAAUUUUUUCAAACGUAUGGUGUUUACGGCGUUGCUGCACUAUACGGUGCUGGUGGCUCCACUAUGCUAAUCACUUCAUUAGCCGUAACGGCAGACCUGAUCGGACCCCACGUAGAAUCCGGGGCCUUUGUUUACGGCGCCAUGAGCUUCACCGAUAAACUUUCGAAUGGCAUCACCGUCUUCCUCAUCCAAUACCUGCACCCUUGCCCAUCCUGCUGCCCCGAAUGCAAGCCGUACUACGUCAUGAUUCUAGCCCUGGUUUGCGGCGGUGCAGCGCUGUUAGCCCUAAUGAGCCUCGCCACGAUGAUCCCGCUCGACAUUGGUGUCCUACCGAAAGGCUACCAACGGAUCGCCAGCGACACGGAAGACGACGUCACCCCGGAAACGAAUCGAAAUAUUUCUGUUAUGGCAUGAUGAGAGAAUCGCUCGUUUUAACCUUCAGCAUAUUUCUACAUCGUCGGUACUCAGUCGGUCUGAUGAACCUGUUUUUUUUUAUUAUUAUUAUUAUUUUUUCAAUCAACUGAAACAACAAAGAAAACAUACCGGUCUUGAUUUUUUUGGUUUUUUUUUGGUUUUUCUAAAUUUAAUUCGUGCAAAAGGACAAUAAUGUCUAUUUUUCUAUGAAAAUUAAUGCAAAUUCCUUUUGUGUCUCUUGUUUUCUUUUGGGGUUUUGUCUCGAAAUGACGCACCAGCAUUCCAAAUCGAUGCCGCAAAUUGUGUUUGUGAAGUCGCUGUGAUACGAAUCGUACCCGAUCAAAUAAUACGGCAACCUGAUUGGUCUAUGCAUACAUAUUGUAAUCGUGUUUAUAUAGCAGAGAUUUCGCCAAGUACUCAACAAAAACAAUGCCUUGAUGGUCUUUUGUUAUCAAUUACUCUCUGAUACGACACCAAUAAACGAAUCCAUUCAAAAAAA